AUGAAGAACAUUUCCAAGAACAUGGAACUUCCCCCUGGAUUCCAGAAGGAUUUUUUCGAGGCAGCGCGUACGGGAGAUUUGCCGUGGCUCUCCAGGCUAAUGGCAGAGAUCGAAAAGGGUCCUGAGAAGAUUUCAUAUGCAUCGGUGAAGACGUGUGCAGGCUGCAACGCACUUCAUUUGGCUGCUGCCUUUGGUGAGACUGAGAUGUGCAGACAUUUGAUUCAGAAUCUGAAGUUUGAAGUGGACGCCAUCGAUGAUUCAGGCGGGACACCCUUAUUCCAGGCCGUUCUGGGGGAUUAUCGGGAUACGGUUAAUUUCUUGAUUGGCAGCGGUGCAAAUGUCAUGAAAACAAACCUCAAAGGGUUAACUCCAUUGCAUUGGGCGGCUGAACAAGGGUACACGGAGUUGGUUAAGCUUUUGAUCUCCAAAGGAGCUGAUUCGAAUGCGACUUCUGCUGUUGGGACACCCCUGCAUUGUGCUGCAGGAAAUGGUAGUCAUGAAACAUUGAAGUACUUGUUGGAUCUCAAGGCAGAUCCAAACUCUCUCUCACCAAUUUACCUGUCUCCGCUCUUGCUUUCAAUGUUUGCUGAAUCACUGGAGUGCAUGGAGCUACUACUCAAGGCGGGAGCAGAUCCAAAUGGGCUUACUACCGAUACAACACCUCUUUGUUAUGCUGCUUGUAAACCUGAUGAGAAGAUGAUCCAUUGCUUGUUGAAAGCUGGCGCGAAUCCUAAUAACACUGACUUUUUGGGUAAGACACCAUUAGAACACGCAGCAUUAAUUGGCUCCGCUGAGGGUGUUAAGCUUUUGUUUCCUGUCACUUCUCGCAUUACAUGCUAUCCUGAUUGGAACAUCACUUGCGUGAUGCAAUAUGUUCGGUCUGAAGGAGCUUCAGCCCAGAGGAAGAUAAAGCAGAAAGAGAUGUUUCUGAUGGCCAAAGAAAAGGGGGCAGCGACUGUUGCAAGAAAAGAUUACUGGAAUGCAAUAUAUUGGUAUUCCCAGGCAGUCAAGAUCGAUCCAGGAGAUGCAAAAAUGCUAUCAAAUAGGAGUUUGUGCUUUGCCCGACUAAAUAAUGGUGAUCCUGCUUUAUUGGAUGCACAGUCUUGUGUUGCGCUGGAGCCGAGAUGGGCGAAGGCACACUACAGGGAAGGUGCUGCUUGGAAAGUUCUCAAGAAAUAUGAUAUGGCAGCAGAAGCAUUUUCUCGUGCUUUGGCCCUUGAUCCUGGUAACAAGGAAAUUGAGGAUGCAUGCAGGGAAGCACGGGCGUUAGGUUUCUGGAAACAGACCCUUAAAGUAUGA